AUGAAGAUUAUACACAAGCACGAAAAGAUACUACCCUGGCUUCGAUGUUUUUCCACAUUGAAUAAACAAAAGGAAGAAGUGAAGAAAACCAUUUUGUAUAACGUACAUAAGAAGAACAAUGCAAUUUUUAAAAUUCAUAGUAAUUACUAUAUUCCAAAUGAAUACAAAAAUUGCACAUUAAUAACAUCCCAUUUACAUACAAGAUCGAGUUGCUCUCUUUUUGAUUAUACAUAUAGACCAAUUUUAAAAAUAAGUGGAUCAGAUAAAAUACACUUUUUGGAAAAAUAUGUAGGCAGCGAUAUCAAAGGGUUAUGGGAAAAUGAAUGUAGAAUAAGUUUAUUAUUAAAUGAAAAAGGUGGAAUUAUAGAUGACAUAACUAUUAUAUUAAGGGAAAACCAUUUGUUAAUAUAUUUGAAUAUACAAUGUAAGAAUAAAGUUUUUAAAUAUUUAAAUGAAAAACUUUUAGAAAAUACAAAAUUAGAUGUAAAAAUAGAAGAAUACACUUCUCAUAGUUCUAUAUGUAUACAAGGUAGUAAAUCUGUUAAUGUACUGAACGAAAUCAUAGGGGAUGAUAUAAAUUUAGAAAACUGUAGCUUUAUGUCUAGUAAUAUAGCCACAUUAAAUAGAAUAGACGACUGUUUAUUAAAUAGAUACACAUGUACAGGUGAAGAUGGUUUUGACAUAUUAGUACCGAAUAAAUAUGUGGAAAAUUUGUAUGAAUGUAUUCUUAGCAAUUCUUUAGUUAAACCAGGAGGAUUAGAAGUUCAGAAUACCUUGAGAUUAGAAAGUGGAUUUUGUGUUUAUGGAAAAGACAUUAAUGAAAGUUUUACUCCCAUUGAAUCGAAUUAUAAAUGGGUUUUAGGACAAAGAAGAUUAAAAGAGUUAGAUUUCAAUGGUGCACAUAUUAUAAUGAACCAAAUUAAAAAUGGCACAAAAAUUAAAAGAGUUGGAUUAAUUAUAAAUUCUCCUAUUGUUCCUAAGGAAAAUUCUAAAAUAUAUGCCCAUGAAAAUAUAGAUCAAGAAAUAGGGUAUAUAACGAGUAGCGUAUUUUCACCCUUACUGCAGAAACCAAUAGCCAUGGGUUAUAUAAAGACGGAACAUUCUACUAUUAGCAAUCUUAUAAAGGUGGAAUGUCUAAACAAGUUGGAAAACGCUCAAAUUACCAAAAUGCCAUUUGUCCCAUUGUCAAUAUAUAAAAUGUGA